AUGAAUGAUGCAUCGAAGAUGGAGAGAGCGAAAUAUCCAUAUGUAUGUGAGCAGAAGUUAAAUGUUGCUACCCCUAUUACUACCUACCCACCACCACCAUCUCCACCUCCACCUCCUCCACCGUCGCUUCCACCCCCACCGAAAUCUAACCAUAGUAUACCACCUCCUCUACCUCCACCAAAAUGUAACCCAUGUCCUUGUGCAUGCAUAUGCCAACCAUCUCAAGCUCCGGCACCCCCACCGCAUUAUUAUUGGCCUACUCCUCCACCUAUAUCACCAGGACCACAAUCACCACCGGGUCCAUCUGACCACACUGUUAUUAUAGCUGUAUUCGUCUCACUAGGAGGCGCCUUCUUCCUUGCGUUCCUAGCCGUUGGUCUCUUCUGCUUGGCUAAAAAGAAGAAGAAGAAGGUCGUGAUCCCUCCUCCUGCUGCAGCCGCUGUUUGUGUUGAGGAACAUGAACAUAUCCAAGAGACCAUCACCACAGGUCCAUGUGGAGAGCAGACUUUGACUAUCACUGUAGUAGACGACGUUCGAAUUCAUGAAGCUGCUGCUGUUGGUUCCCAUGCUGAACCACCCGAUUAUGACAGGCCGUCUUCCUCUCACGCUGAAGGCCAUCUCAAAACUGGCUAA